AGUCCCAUAUCCUGCUCUUACUGGGUCAAGUCCCUCCUGGACCAGCUCUGUCCAUCAUUUGCUGAACUGGACCGGCUGGUGUCCCUGUGGGCGGUCUCCCCCGACAGUUUUACUCCAGCGGUGCGUGGACCUCUCGGCUCGCUCGCGGUGAAGAUGGCCUCGCCUGGGAAUCCUGCUUGCUCUGUCACCCUCUAAUGAUGGGGCGAGGUUGUGCAAGCAGGUCUGGGGGCAGGAGAACAAAGCCACUGAGGAAACACUGGAGGACUUGUCCAGCCUCUCAUGAACUCUAGCGGUGUCUGAACCCAGCCCACUCCGGUGGUAAGCAUGAUGCAACUUCUGCGACUUCUGCUGGGGCUUUUGGGGCCAGGUGGCUACUUGUUCCUUUCAGGGGAUUGUCAGGAGGUAGCCACGCUCACGGUGAGAUACCAAGUGUCGGAGGAAGUGCCUUCUGGCACAGUGAUAGGGAAGCUGUCCCGGGAACUGGGCCGGGAGGAGAGGUGGGGGCAGGCGGGGGCUGCCUUCCAGGUCUUGCAGCUGCCUCAGGCCCUGCCCAUCCAGGUGGGCCCCGAGGACGGGCUGCUCAGCACGGGGAGGCGGCUGGAUCGAGAGCAGCUAUGCCGACAGUGGGACCCCUGCCUGGUUUCCUUUGACGUGCUUGCCACGGGGGAUCUGGCUCUGAUCCACGUGGAGAUCCAAGUGCUGGACAUCAAUGACCACCAGCCACAGUUUCCCAAAGGCGAGCAGGAGCUGGAAAUCUCUGAGAGCGCCUCUCUGCGCACCCGGAUCCCCCUGGACAGAGCUCUUGACCCCGACACGGGCCCUAAUACCCUGCACUCCUACACCCUGUCCCCCAGCGAGCACUUUGCCUUAGAUGUCAUCGUGGGGCCAGAUGAGACCAAACACGCAGAACUCGUGGUGGUGAAGGAGCUGGACCGGGAAAUCCACUCAUCUUUUGACCUGGUGUUAACCGCUUAUGACAACGGGAAUCCCCCCAAGUCAGGCACCAGCUUGGUCAAAGUCAACGUCCUGGACUCCAAUGACAAUAGCCCUGUGUUUGCUGAGAGUUCGCUGGCGCUAGAAAUCCAAGAAGAUGCCGCCCCUGGCACUCUCCUCAUAAACCUGACAGCCACGGACCCUGACCAAGGCCCCAACGGGGAGGUGGAGUUCUUCCUCAGUAAGCACGUGCCGCCAGAGGUGCUAGACACCUUCAGCAUCGAUGCCAAGACGGGCCAGGUCAUCCUGCGCCGAUCCCUGGACUACGAGAAGAAUCCUGCCUAUGAGGUGGAUGUCCAGGCCAGAGACCUGGGCCCCAAUCCCAUCCCAGCCCACUGCAAAGUUCUCAUCAAGGUUCUGGACGUCAAUGACAAUGCCCCAAGCAUCCACAUCACGUGGGCCUCCCAGCCGUCCCUGGUGUCAGAAGCUCUUCCCAAGGACAGUUUUAUUGCUCUAGUCAUGGCAGACGACUUGGACUCAGGAAACAAUGGUCUGGUCCACUGUUGGCUGAGCCAAGAGCUGGGCCACUUCAGGCUGAAAAGGACUAAUGGCAACACGUACAUGUUGCUAACCAAUGCCACCCUGGACAGAGAGCAGUGGCCCAAAUAUACCCUCACUCUGUUAGCUCAAGACCAAGGACUCCAGCCCUUAUCUGCCAAGAAACAGCUCAGCAUUCAGAUCAGUGACGCCAACGACAAUGCACCGGUGUUUGAGAAAAGCAGGUACGAGGUCUCCACUCGCGAGAACAACCUACCCUCUCUCCACCUCAUUACCAUCAAGGCUCACGACGCAGACCUGGGUGUGAACGCGGAAAUCUCAUACCGCAUCCAGCACUCCCCAGUUUCCCACCUGGUAGCUAUUGACUCCGACACGGGGGAGGUCACUGCUCAGAGGUCACUGGACUAUGAAGAGAUGGCCGGCUUCGAGUUCCAGGUGAUCGCAGAGGACAGGGGACAGCCCCAGCUUGCAUCCAGCGUCUCUGUAUGGGUCAGCCUCUUGGACGCCAACGAUAAUGCCCCAGAGGUGAUCCAGCCUGUGCUCAGCGAUGGAAAAGCCAGCCUCUCGGUGCUUGUGAACGCCUCCACCGGCCACCUUCUGGUGCCCAUUGAGACUCCCAGUGGCUUGGGUCCAGCAGGGCCUGACACACCCCCACUGGCCACUCCCAGCUCCCAGCCCUUCCUUUUGGCAACCAUUGUGGCGAGGGACGCGGACUCGGGGGCAAACGGAGAGCUCCUCUACAGCAUCCGGAGUGGGAAUGAAGCCCACCUCUUUGUCCUCAGCCCCCAGCUGGGGCAGCUGUUUGUCAACACCACCAACGCCAGCAGCCUCCCUGGCAGUGAGUGGGAGCUGGAGAUCGUGGUAGAGGACCGGGGCAGCCCCGCCUUGCAGACCCGAGCCCUGCUGAAGGUCAUGUUUGUCUCCAGCGUGGACCACCUGAGGGAUUCAGCCCGGGAGCCUGGGGUCCUGAGCACGUCGGUGCUGACGGUGACAUGCCUGGCCACACUGCUGGGCAUCUUUGGCUUGGUCCUGGCUCUGUUCAUGUCCAUCUGCCGGACAGAGAAGAAGGACAAUAGGGCCUACAACUGCCGGGAGGCUGAGUCCACCUACCGCCACCAGCCCAAGAGGCCCCAGAAACACAUUCAGAAGACUGACAUCCACCUGGUCCCUGUCCUCAGGGGUCAGGCGGGUGAGCCUGGCGAAGUCGGGCAGUCCCACAAAGACUCAGGCAAGGAGGCGAUGAUGGAAGCAGGCUGGGACCCCUGCCUGCAGGCCCCCUUUCACCUCACUCCGACCCUGUACAGGACCCUGCGUAACCAAGGCAACCAGGGACCCCCGGCGGAGAACCGCGAGGUGCUGCAGGACACCGUCAACCUCCUUUUCAACCACCCCAGGCAGAGGAACGCCUCCCGGGAGAACCUGACCCUUCCCGAGCCCCUGCCUGCCGCCGGGCAGCCUCGCCCCAGGACCCCGAAGGUUGCGGGCAGCCCCACGGGGAGGCUGGCUGGAGACCAGGGCAGCGAGGAGGCCCCACAGAGCCCACCAGCCUCCUCUGCAACCCUGAGGCGGCAGCGAAAUCUCAAUGGCAAGGUGUCCCCUGAGAAAGAAUCAGGCCCCCGUCAGAUCCUGCGGAGCCUGGUCCGGCUGUCGGUGGCUGCCUUUGCAGAGCGGAACCCCGUGGAGGAGCUCACUGUGGAUUCUCCUCCUGUCCAGCAAAUCUCCCAGCUGCUGUCCUUGCUGCAUCAGGGCCAAUUCCAGCCCAAACCAAACCACCGGGGAAAUAAGUAUUUGGCCAAGCCAGGAGGCGGCAGGAGUGCAAUCCCAGACGCAGAUGGCCCAGCUGCCAGGGCUGGUGGCCAAGCAGAACCAGAACAGGAGGAAGGGCCCUUGGACCCUGAAGAGGACCUCUCUGUGAAGCAGCUGCUAGAAGAAGAGCUGUCAAGCCUGCUGGACCCCGACACAGGCCUGGCCCUGGACCGGCUGAGCGCCCCCGACCCCGCCUGGAUGGCCAGGCUCUCCUUGCCGCUCGCCACCAACUACCGCGACAACGUGACCUCCCCGGAUGCCGCAGCCUCGGAGGAGCCGCGGACCUUCCAGACGUUCGGCAAGGCGGCGGGGCCGGAGCUGAGCCCCACGGGCACGCGGCUGGCCAGCACCUUCCUGUCGGAGAUGAGCUCGCUGCUGGAGAUGCUGCUGGAGCAGCGCUCGGGCGUGCCCGUGGAGGCCGCCUCCGAGGCGCUGCGGCGCCUGUCGGUCUGCGGGAGGACCCUCAGCCUGGACCUGGCCACCGGCGGGGGCGCCUCGGGCUUGGAGGCGCAGGGGGGCCCAGGUGGAAAGAGGGGAGCCGAGGGCAGCAGCAGCAGGUGCCUGUGAACGCACCUUGGACGCCUCUGGAUCCGGGAACCAGCGACCCUGGGAGACGUAAGGGGGCCCAGGCCCAGAGCAUCCCGGGACAUGCGCUGGUUUCUAAAAUCUUGGAACUCACCCACCAGUGGUGGCCCCCGAACUUUAGGGUGACUGAUGCGGCCCCCACCGAGGAGGCUGGGCCCCCAGGAUGAACAGCUGACAGACCAAAGCAGCCCCUUGUAAUGGGCUCUGACUGAAUUUUUUGGAGGACAGGGACAGUUCGUGGCUGAGAUAAGUGUUUGCUGGCAAAACACAUAUAAGGGCCGAGGGUCAGUCCUCCUGCAGAACAGAUGCCACAGAGCAUGACAAGCAGGGAAGGACGGCCUUCUUGGAGACGGGGGCUGGGGAGCUGGAUCCUGGGGACAUCAGGCAAUGCUCUCUGACCUACUAAUAAAGGGAAAGCAGUGCCUCCUUCUGCUCACACCUGUCAAGAGGGAGGAGGGAAGAGUCAUAGAGUGAGGGUUCUUUGUCAUCCAAUCCCUGGCAAGAAAGUCAUGCUGGGCCUGGACAAGAAUGGGGCACCUUGGUGCACAGUGACAGGUGCACAGAUGAUGGGCAUGUGUGCUCUUGACCUUGUUCUUCUAUCACUAUGUUAUCAAAUAAUCUGCUUCUCAGCUGGAAAAUUAGGGCUAAGAAAAGCACGACUAUUUAUAGAGCAUUUACAGGAGCCAAGCACCAGGCACCAGGCUUUACAAUAGGAUUUAAUUCGAUUUUCUAACAAAGCUAUGAGGGUGGUGUCAUUAUGCCCAUUUCACAGACAAGGAUACGAGGCUUGGAGAGGGUGAGUGUCUUUCCCAAGAUCAAACAGGGAGUAGAAACAGAGCCAGGAUUUGGACCCAGGCUGGUCCAGCUUACUAAAACCUAUGCGCUCAACCUUGACACUAGACUGCCAGCCAAGGACAGGAAAAGGAAAAGCCCUAGAGGUGAGCUUUUGCCAGCAGCCGACUUGCCUGCGCUCCCCUUGGGAAACGCUGUUGAAAUGAACAUUCCCAAAGUCAUGCAGGCCCACCCAUUUCUGCCCCUCCAAGCACAGGGCGAAAGGAACUUGGAUCCGUGAUGCAGUUCCCCUCCCCUGUCCUUUCCCAGCAAGUAGCCCUUCAUGUGCAGAAGUCAUCUUUCCCGACCCCCGUCUGUGGGUGAACCUUCCUCUGUCAUUGCAGGUUUGGGCCCGUGAAUUCAGGCCCCAGAGGACACCGUGUGAACUGGGUCUAUGAAAUUGGCACUGACAGCAGCCAGUGUUUCAGGGGAGGGGAAAGUGAAGAAACAGCAGAUAUUUUCCCAAGGCUCAGCCUUAGAAUGUUCCUGGAAAUUUUCAAGCAGCCGUUCAGCUAGCUUCUGAAUAGCGAGGGGCUCUCCUGGACACUGAAGGCAGAAAGCCCUCUGUCUGCUCCUCCUUUUGUCCUCUCUUCAAGCUCAGUGCUCAUGGUCACUGUCCACAGAAAUGGGCCAAACAUAUUCCCAAUUACAGACAAUGAACAUCAUACAUACAUGGAGUAUAGUAUAGCAUCAUUAUUCCAUUUUACAGAGGAGAAAAAUGAGGUCCCCCAAAGUUAAGUGCCUCAGGGAUAAGGUGUCUGAUCACCUCACUCCAGGACAGAGGGAUUUUCUUAUAAGAUCUAUGAUUUCUGAGCUGGUGCACAGAGCUGGUGGGUUCUGCAGGUCAAUGACAGAGGCUGGGGAAAACCAAGCAGGCAGGGUCUCCAGCCUGACCAGCCAGGUGCCUGGGACAAAGUGAUACUUGAUGAAUACCUGCUGAAUGGGUGUAUGAAUGAAUAAAUAGGUCAAUAAAUGCUCAGAAUCCCCUUUUAUCCA